AUGGCGCCACGCAAGAUCGCUGUGAUCGGUGCUGGCCCAGUCGGUGCCUUAGCAGCAUUGUAUGCCGCCACACGAGGCGACGAUGUAGAAGUCUACGAAUUGAGAACUGACCUAAGGGACUCUACUACUUCGCCGUUGAACUUCACCAAAUCCAUCAAUCUAGCCUUGUCCGAGCGGGGGAUCAAUGCCCUUCGUUCCUCAGGCAAUAGCGCGCUGCUUGAGGAAGUCCUCAAAGAGACGAUUCCCAUGCACUCUAGGAUGGUUCACUAUCGCAAUGCUUUAGGGAACACCAUUGAGGACUCUCAGCAAUACGAUGUCCAUGGCCGCUUCCAACGAUCCGUCGAUCGCGGCCUCCUCAAUAAAGUCCUUAUCAAUGAAUUGACCAAGCUUCCUAAUGUCAAGCUCAACUUCCAGCACAAGCUUACGGGCGCCGAUUUUCGCCGCAAGAAAGCCUGGUUUGAGAUCCAGACCGAUAAAGACGCUGUGGCGGGCCGUCGAGCCCAAGAGAUAGAGAUCAAUUUCGAUCUCAUGAUUGGGGCGGACGGCGCCCAUUCCUCCACAAGGUACCACAUGAUGAAAUUUGCUCGCAUGGACUACGAGCAGACAUAUAUCGACUGCCUGUGGUGCGAAUUCAGCAUGCCGCCAAGCGACUCAGGUGACUUCCGCAUCUCCCCAAACCAUUUACAUAUCUGGCCCGGCGGCAGCUUCAUGUUCAUCGCGCUUCCGAAUCUUGACAAGAGUUUCACUUGUACGCUAUUUGCCCCAGUGUCAACUUUCACAGCCCUCGAGCAAGGCGCUGAUGGUGAGCUCGUUACCUUCUUUGAUCGCCACUUUCCCAGUGUUACCGACCACAUCUCUCCCGACGAGCUCAGCACACAAUUUCGGCGCAACCCUCAUCUACCACUAAUCAAUAUCAAGUGUGCUCCACACCACUACGCCGACUCUGCAGUCAUUGUUGGUGACGCUGCCAAUGCUAUGGUGCCAUUCUACGGGCAAGGUAUGAAUGCAGGCCUCGAAUCCGUGCGAACUCUCUUCUCAGUGCUGGACUCACAUAGGAGCAUUGGCGAUGCUCUAUCGUCGUACACCACAAGGCGGACCAAAGAUGCCCACGCAAUUGCGGAUCUGGCCCUAAUAAAUUACGUUGAAAUGCGGUCGUCAGUGACCUCCCAAUUCUACAAGCUCAGAAAGUAUAUUGAGGAGACGUUAUAUCAUUACUGCCCUAGUAUGGGCUGGGCAACGCAAUAUUCGCGGGUCAGCUUUAGCAACCUUCCGUACAGCGAAGUUAUCGAGAGAUCGAAGCAUCAAGAGAAGGUCCUCAAGACUACCCUUGCCACAGGUCUAUUGAUCCCGGCUAUUGCGGGUGCGUAUCAGCUAUCGAGGGUUCCUAGCGUCCAGCGGGUGUUGCGGAGAGCCGGUAGCUGA